AUGGCAUUCUUGGGGACUUCACUCGCAUUGACUGUAAAUUUACUAUGGCUUUUGGCAGCAAUAGACGCUAAUGGAGAUGUAAUGAAAUUGACUGAUGCAAAUUUCAGAGAAAGUAUCGCGAAUCUUGAUUUAGUAUUAGUGAAAUUUUAUGCUCCUUGGUGUACUCAUUGCAAAAAAAUAGCUCCUGAAUUUGAGAAAGCAGCAAAGGAACUUUUGCAUAGCGAACAGGAUUCACCUGUAUACUUGGCAGAGGUGGAUUGUACAGAGGAAAAAAGUACUUGUGAUGAAUUUGGUGUUCGAGGAUUUCCAACAUUGAAGAUUUUCCGAAAUGGUAUAUUUACGCAAGAUUAUGACGGCCCAAGAGUAUCAGAUGGUAUUGUAAAAUACAUGCGUGCUCAAACAGGCCCAUCAGCUACGGAAAUCACUGAAAUUGCUGAUUUCAAUAAAAUUUUGGAGGCGGAUGAUGUAGCGAUUUGCGGAUUCUUUGACGGAGACAGUAAAUUGAAAGAUUCAUUCUUGAAAGUUGCGGAUACUGAAAGAGACCGUUACAAGUUUGUUUGGACAUCAAGUAAACAAAUAUUGGAUUUAACUGGAUAUAGUGAUGAUAUUGUUGCUUAUCAGCCGAAGAAAUUCCAUAAUAAAUUCGAACCGAAUGAAUUCAAAUAUGAUGGAAAUUACGAUACGGAUAAGAUUAAAGAAUUUCUUUUACACGAAACUUACGGACUUGUUGGCAUACGAACUUCCGAGAAUCUUUACCAGUUUGAUCGACUUCCAAUGUUCGUUGUAUAUGGCGCGAUAGAUUAUAAGUUAAAUCCAAAAGGUUCUAGUUAUUGGCGAAACCGCGUCCUUAUGGUUGCUAAAGACUACAGACGGAAAGCUUACUUUGCAUUGAGUAACAAAGCAGAUUUCACUCAUGAUCUUGAGGAAUUCGGCUUGUCUGAUCGUCAAGAUACCAAACCUCUUGUCGCUGCGCGUAGUAAUAAAGGAAAAUUCUUCAUGAAAGAUGAGUUCAGCGUUGAAAAUUUGAAAGAAUUUGUUGAGGAUGUUAUACAUGAUAGGCUCGAGCCACAUAUGAAGAGUGAAGAACCACCAAAGAAACAAGGCGAUGUGAAGGUCGUAGUGGCUAAAACAUUUAAAGAAAUGGUCCUUGAUGUGGAAAAAGAUGUUUUGAUCGAGUUCUAUGCACCGUGGUGCGGACACUGCAAAGCACUCGCACCUAAAUACGAUGAGUUAGGCCAGAAAUUAGCCGAUGAGUCUGAUGUUAUUAUUGCAAAGAUGGAUGCAACAGCGAAUGAUGUUCCGCCGCAGUUUCAAGUACAAGGGUUUCCGACUAUUUAUUGGGUUCCGAAAAACAAGAAGAAUCAACCGGAGCCAUAUUCUGGUGGUCGUGAAGUCAAUGAUUUUAUAAAAUAUAUUGCGAAACGUUCAACAGUAGAACUGAGAGGUUAUGGGCGCGAUGGCAAACCGAAGAAAAAGGAAGAAUUAUAA